UUUCAACUUUAUUUUGAAUGGAAGACCAUCAGCAGGGUGACAGUGGAACCACUGUGUUGGUUCUGCUGGAUGUAUGUAAAUAUAGUGAAGACCACCGUUGAAAGGAAAAUCCUUUUUUGGGGCUUUUAUGCUAAUUAAUGAGGCAAAACUCAGGACUACAAGAAUUAAAAGGAAUUUAUUACAAGUACUUCAAAGCAGCAACAUGUUGAUGGACUGAUCAAUGCAGAUCAGCAAAUGGCUUCAAGAUGGGUGACUUUUACUGGAAACUUUCAUAAUGAGAACUACACUCACUCGGCCUCCAAAACCAACACUAUGAAAACAGCCUUCUGCCUCAUCCUCUUCUUCUUGGAAGUAUGGAUGGUAUUGGGCACUGCUAAAGACUGGGAACCAGGGAAGAUGGAAACCCACCUGGAGGUUUUGGAGAACCACACUUUCCUCAACCACAGCCAAAUGGAUGGAGACAUACAACAUCCUCAGAGGAAAGAUGCCAUGACAUCACCCGAGGAGGAGCCCUGGCCAACAUUAGAUAGGUGGAAACUCUUAGAAAAGAACGCCAACUUUGGGUUCAACCUGUUCCGAAAAAUCGCUAUGAAACAUGACGGCAACAUAGUUUUCUCUCCUUUCUGCCUUUCCUUUGCAAUGACUACUUUAUUGCUGGCAGCCAGAGGGCAGACCCGAUCCCAGAUCAUAGAGGGCCUCAAUUUGCAGGAUCUAAGCAGUUCAGAGACAACUUUCUUGCCUUCUCUCUUCAAGGAGCUCAAAGAUCAGAUCUCCCAAAACCAGGAGCUGGCUUUAUUGAAAGGGAGUUUUGCCUUUAUCCACAAGGAUUUUGAUGUCAAAGAGACUUUCUUCAAUUUGUCCAAGCAGUAUUUUGACAUGGAGUAUGUACCUGUGAAUUUCCACAAUGCUACACAGGCCAAGAGUUUCAUGAAUCAUUAUGUGGACAAGGAGACCAAGGGGAAAAUUCCCAAACUCUUUGAUCAGAUUAAUCCUGAAGCUAAAUUAAUUCUUGUGGAUUACAUUCUAUUUAGUGGUAAAUGGCUAUCUGCAUUUGACCCUCUUCUCACUGAAGUUGAAACCUUCCACCUGGACAAAUAUAGAACUACAAAAGUGCCUAUGAUGUACAGGUCUGACAAGUUUGCUUCAACCUUUGAUAGGAACUUACGUUGCCAAGUCCUCAAAUUACCCUACCGAGGAAAUGCAAGCAUGCUAGUAGUCCUUGUGGAUAAAAUGGGGGAUCACCUUGCCAUAGAAGACUACUUAACUGUAGAGCUGGUGGACAAAUGGAUCAGAAACAUGAAAACCAGAAAAACGGACGUUUUCUUUCCAAAGUUCAAGCUAGAUCAGAAGUAUGAGGUACAAGACAUCCUUAAGCAGAUGGGAAUAAGAGCGGUAUUCUCACCCUGGGCUGAUCUGAGUGAACUCUCAGAUCCAGCGAGGAAUCUGAAAGUGUCUAAGGUACAUAUGAUAAUGCAUAAGAUGCAGGCGGGGCAGGAAGAGAAUUGUCCUCAUCCCAGGUUAGUUUUGGUUGUGCUUCUAGCUUCUUGUGGAAAUCUGCUGGGAGUGAAGAUGAAGAUAGUAUUUACUGCAGGGAAGUCUUCGUGCUUUCUGCCUCAUAUUUUAACCAAGUUUUCAGCCACUAAAACAUGGCAGUAGGACUAGUUUGACAAUAAGGCUUUAGGACUCAAGUGGACUUUAUUCUGUUGCCUACAAUGAUGGACAUGGACAUUAUUGGAGUACAGUCGGAAAGAUAAAGAGCUUGGAAGGAAUGGGCCUGUAAGAAAGUUUCUCCUUAAAAUUAGCUUUUAUUUUCUUCGAGUGCUAAAGAAAUUGUUUCUUUAUAAACCAUUAGAGUGUCACUCACUGGUGGCUGAAAUGAGGGGAAAUAAUUGUAGUUAUACACUCAGCACUGCCUCUGGCUCAGUGAUGUCAACUCAGUUGAGAUGUUUUUCAGGCAAAUUUAAAAGGAUGGUGGUAGAAUCACAGGAUAUGAUGGCUCAAUGGGUCCUUACAGAUUACCUAAUCCACAUCUAUCAUUUUAGAUUAUGAAACUACAGUGAAAUUGUAGUUGCCAAAGAUCACACCGCUAGUCAGUGAUAGAACCGGGACUACAGUUAAGUCUCCUGUCUUCCUGUCCGGGUCUCUCUCCAUUACACCAAGCGACGGUAAUUAAAGCCUAUCUAAUAAACAAAUGCCUUCCAACAAACUUUACAAAAAUCAAGCAGUGUUUCUGCUUCUCCAAAUUGCCUGUAAAAGCCAACAAAGCAGCAAGACACAAGAUGAUAACAAAAACAAAAAUGAUAAAGAAUAAACUCGCUUAUUCCUUCAGAAAAAAGUUGAGUAGCUCAUUAAGGGGAUUAAUUUCCAUGUUCUUUUGAUUAUAUGCUUUAUUAUUCAUUAUAAAUGUAUUCAACCAUUUUUGUUUCAUUUCUAACAUUUAAAACCGACUGAAAAUGAAUUGCUUGUUUGUUCUUUUUGUUCAGUGAUUUAAAUUGGGAGUGAACUACAAGAUAUUAUUUGUAUUCCAAUAAUGUGAAUUAGUAAUGUUCACACACAAGACCCUAUAAUGGCAGGGAUAUGAUAAUGGAUAAAUGUUUGUUGAAUUAAAAUGGAUUUAUACCUCCAUAAAGAAUCUUGCCACUCAUUAACUCUAGGUUGCUUUUGGUGAGUGGUUUGCUUGUGUACUAGUUAGUUCAAUUUAUUUGUGGGAAAACAGCAAAGCAAGGAAUAGAGGGAAUAGUCUAAGCAUAAGUAAACUACUUUAUUUUAUUUUAAUUUGGUCAAGGAAAACAUCAUAGGAUCAUAGAAUUUCAAGUUGGAAGGGAC